GCACUAUCAUAUGGUAACAUUAUUUACAUUUUUGUAUUUGACUAUUUAUUUUUAAAGUGGUGUUUACGGUAUCCUUUUACUUCAAUUAAUUAAUUUAAAAAACUCAAAUGGUAGAUUUAGAAUUGGAUGACGAAUCAAUCACCGAAGUCGAUGCCAACACGACAAUUCAGGAACAAAUCCAAGAACUUUCAAAGCGUCUUCAAAAUGUGAAUGACGACCUGCACCAGCAGGUUCGUGAAAAACAUGGUGCUUUGUUACAACAGGCAACACAUGCUGGCCGAUUUGAUGUUGCCCUGAACACCUUGGCAAAUGAUGUAGAACAAAUUCGUGCAGCCGGCCAACGAUUAAAGACACAAAUCGAUGCCCAGUAUCAGCACGUUGAUAAUCAAACUCGUAUUCUGGGACGUUUGCACGAAUUAUCUCAUCAACUUCGCUCGGCUGGCACACUACUAUCGUUGACGGCCAAAUUACGCGCAACAAAGGACGUACUCAAGCAAGCAGAGAUACACUAUGAAUUGGGACAAUUGGUAGAUGAUGAGGACUUGAAGCAAAUCGAGUUUGUGCAAAAUGCUCGUGCUGAAGUAAUAGCCUCGCGACAAAAAUUAAGAAAUUUAACACAGAUGCAGUUAGUAACGGGUUUGCAAGAAAGAAAUGAAGCACAAGUAGUCAACUCACUUAAGAUAUUUAAAAACUUCAACACACUACAAAAGUCAUUAGACAACUUAGUGGCGACAUUCGUCACGGACUUGGAGCAAUCGCUGAGAGAAUGUUUUGCUGGUACCGACAUUUCCGUAUUGAACAAAGGUGAAACAUUUAACAACGCCUCAUCAAAGACAAGCAAUUCUAUGCGUGGCCCAGGAAAAACCCCUAUGUUAACCACGACUCAGAACUUCAGAGCCAAGUUUUGGAAAUCACUGCAUUGGCUAUUGUAUGAAGAACUUUAUGAAAGUUGUGAGCAAGUAAAUCUACUAAAGCGGGGACUGGAUCAAAUAAGGCAGUUCGGCUUCGAUGCCGGCGAGACAUAUGAUAUACACAAGAAUUUUUGGCAAGCCGUACAAACGCUGUUGAAAAAAUCUUUUGUCGAAAGUCCUGCCCACGUGACACAAACAUUGCAAGAAGGUUUGGCAAAAUUACUGACGUCAGCUCGUGGUUUGGAGGAGCGUUUGGAUGGUGAAUUUCUAUUCGAUAAUGACAUUUUCUCUACACUGGAGGUAGGCUAUAUAAGCAAGUGUGCCGCCAAUAUGAAAGCUUGUCUUGCUGGGGUCGAUCUGCCCUCAAAUGAAACGGUUGAUAAUUUUAUAAGAGUAGCAUCUACUGAAAUCAGUGCUGCUCUAAUUGAUACACGUUUAACAAAUUCAGUAGUAGCUGUCUUCAUUGCGUGUGGCAAAGAGCUUUGCACGAAACUAGAAGCACAACUUAAGUUGGGAGCUGAUGCCAAACAAGUAGUCGACAUUCCAAAUUUUCAACAAACGCAAAAUGUGCUCUUAGCUAAUAUUCUGUACUAUUAUAAAGAUUCGGCACGUCGAAUGUUGGCCGACUUGAAGGUGCACUUUACCAAAUCGAAAUCAGCUGCUCAUCAUGAUAUUGUAAAAGCAUUAGAACAGACGGAUAUUUUGAUCAGUACCAUACUACAACAGAUAAUGGACUCGAUUCUGUCAACCAUAAGUAUUAUACUUCUCAGCAUGCAUCGUGAACCGGGACUUAAUUUAGAAAAAAUAUCAACAUCAGGUCCAUCAAUGUAUAUGAAGGAGUUACAGGAAUUCAUAAAUCGCGUCUGGGUAAAUCACAUUGGCCCGUUUGAAGAUAAAGAAAUAGUUUCGAAAUGUGGACACGAAUUGGCAAAACGCUGCAUUGAACUUUUCGUACACAAUGCAAGCAUUUUACGUCCGAUUAGUCAAGCGGGACGGCAACGCUUGAAGAGUGACUGCGCACAUAUGGAGCAGGCGCUUAAGCCAAUUUGCGCCAACUUGCCUGAUUUGGGGAAUCCAGCACGAUUACUACGCGCAAUGUCUUUCCUAAUUGUGCAACCACCCGAAGAAUUGGUGAAGCAAAGUGUGGGUAGUGAGUUGCUGGUGCCCAGCUACAUUGUAUUGUUUUUGUUAUUCGGUCACGCUGGCGCUGAACUUCAGAGUCCACAUACUACUGCAAAUUGGUCGAAUGAACGGUUAAUCGAGUGGCUCGAAGGGCACACAUCGGAACGUGAAAAGCUAGAAUUAAUAUCGGGCGCAUUACAGCGUUACCGUGAUCAGGUUAGAAGAAAAAAUAGUGAACAAUAUGACGAGAUAUAUCCAUUAAUAGUGGAAUUUUUCGAAAAAGCUUUAAAAGCAUAACUAAUUAAUCAUUUAUGUUUAUCAAGAUUGACUUAAUAAAGUAAUUACAUAAACUCUCUACUGUGGAUUAAUGUAUAAUACAUGAAAAUAUAAUAAAGGAACAGCGGCUUUCUUCAAGACCUUUGUACACAAUUCUGAACAAGUUAGGAUGAGACGCAAAUAAUUUUCUCAACCACUCCUACACCUAACACUAUAUUUUUCCUGAGAAAUGUGAAUUUUCACCUAGAACUUUUUACCGUGAACCUCACUUUGUAUUCCCUUAGGUUGUACUUUGCGUAUACCUAUCCACAAAAAGAAAAUUCAUAAGCAUCACAAGGUAUUCCAUUUGUCAAUUCAAUUCGAUACUUGACGGCCACUACACGCAACGCCUCUUACACAACUUUGCCCGGCUGUUAAAGUGCGCUCACUGCUUUCAGCGCUAGGCUAGACUUUGUCACCAACGUUCCCACGACAGUCGGUUCUACGUAACCGGAACGACCCGGAUUUAUAUCCGGCCAAGGACUGUCACUUCAGCAAUAUUCCUCGUAUAUGCACGGGGAAUGUUUAUGCUGCUACAACAACAACAACAACAACUUUGUCACCAAAGCUGCUUUGGUCGGAUCUAAAAAAAAAGAGGAGAACCAUCCUCCAGGUAAUUAAUUACGUUCUGGAAAUUGUGUCAGUUUAAACUCUUAUUUAUCCAGAAUUAGCCGACUUACUCAACAUAUGUA